GACUCUGUCCAUCCUACACAAAUGCAUGGAAUAAUGGACAGAAUAAAAUUAAUGACGUACAUUUCACAAAUCAUUUAAUAUUGGCAUACUCGAUAAGAAUUCGAAUACUACUGAAAUCGGAACACUAUUGGAAUACGAAUGCUGGCUCUUAUCAAGUUCUUAGCGGAAGCCCACAGAGGAGUACGUGGAUUCGUGGUCGAUGAAAACGGAAAUCCUAUCGAGAGAGCGUCCAUCAAAGUGAAAUCAAGAGAUGUCAGUUUCCUCACAACGAAAUAUGGCGAAUUUUGGAGAAUUUUAUUACCGGGAGUGUACAAACUCGAGGUAUACGCAAAUGGAUACCUUCCUCGAGAGGUAGAAUUUAGAGUGGUCGAGCAACAUCCAACCUCUUUCAACGUAACAUUGCAUAGGACGAGUAGACAUCAAACCGAGGAUGACAAUGGCUCAAGUUUCUACAAUGGAAACAGAGACCAGGGUCACCGAGAUCACGUGAUACAUUUUCGGCCACACCCUGGUACCAACACAGCUCCCGACGCAAACAGUGGAAUUUUUUCAUCCCUAAGCAAUGGAUUUAACUCCUUCGUUAAUAAUUGGUUUGGAUGAUUAGCUGCUAGUUAACGAACAGCUGGUUCAAUCUCAUCGUUGUUGUUUCGUACAAAUAUCGCAUCGUUUCGAUUAUAAUCGCGCAAGAGUUGAGACUAGAAUUACGAAUGGCAAAAGCGAUCACGCUAAAAAUAGAAACGAUGCAACUUUGUUAAAAAAAUAUUUAAAUAUUCACGUUGUGAAAAUAUUUGAAUAUUUUGUUGUUGAAAAUGUUAUGGUUACUUGUUAUUCCGAUAUGUUACAGACAUUAGGGUAAAAGUAAAUGUUCCGAAUACGUUUCGUUUAGUUGGGCUCAGACAAUUUUGUAUGGACGAACAUUUUUUUUUUAAACUUUUAAUCGAAAACGAAAAAUGAAAAAUUGUUAAAAUUCAGAUGCAAUUUUAGUUUAUACCAUGAUACAGUUCGAAUGAAAAUUAUUUUCAUUGGUUCUCUUUCGUUUGAGUUUCGUAACAUUCUGCAAUUUUAAUAAUUUAUUAUUGACCUAAUUUAUUUGGCAUUAGCGCUAUUAAUGUUAUACUAUUAUCGUUAAUAUUAUUUUUAGUGUUAUUUAAAAAUAUAUUUAUUUUGUAUAUAUAUAUAUAUACAAAAAUAGGAAAUGUGUUCGGAAUAAAAUAGAAAACAGACGCUAAUUUAGAAAUGUUAAAAGUCGAAUUUUAGUAUGUAUAUAUUUGCAAUAAUACAUUGCAUAAACAAAAAGCACUGCCUUUACUCAAUUUUAGAGGCGAUAGUAAUGACAAUGUAAUAUCAAUAAAUAUCACAAAUUGUUGUUUUAUUUA